UUUAGUUUUUUUUUUUUUCUUAUAAAGAUCAUUGGCGAUCAGUGGCAUUAAUUUAAAAUUAAUCAAAAAAGAAAAGAAAGAAAAUAAAAUAAAGGCAGAAGAAAUAAAACGUGUGAACCGUAAAAUAAUUACGUGAUUUUUCUGUCUCAGUGAUUAAACUAAACGAAAAAAAAAUAAAACAAAUAAAAUAUUUAAAAAAACGAAAUUUGAAAUUUGAUUUUAAACAAAUCGAAAUCAAUAAACCGUAAAAAAAGAAGAAUUAAUUAACAGCAGUAACACCUUUUAAAAUCUUCAACAAGUUUCCUCAUUUUUUUUUAAAUAAAACCCCCCAAAAAAAACAAAAAAUAAUAAUUUUGCAAAAUGGAUUUCAUAUCGAAUUUAAUAAAAAGACCCAUUAGUUUAGUUAUAAACGAAACGUCAAACACAAUGGAUAAAUAUUCAAACUCCGACUCCUUGCCUAAUGCAAACGCCAGUGAGCUAAACAAUCAAAAGGAUUCUAACACAACAACAACAACUUCAGCUAAUGGUGAACAACAAUCAAAUCUUGAAAACAACAAUAAAUAUUCUCCCAACAUGUCCUCCUCUCUAAAUGGUAGUGAUCAUAUGACUGAUUUUAUUGGUGUACCCGAUGAAUAUCUUGAUGAAUUUAAAGAUAUUUUACCACCACCACCUUUAAAUCUACAACAUACCGAUUGUUUAACACAAUCACUUUUGGAUUUGGAUAAUACACGGCCCCUAUCCAUAACACCACCACCACCACCACAUCCCUCACAAUUAGAACCGGAAGAAAUGCUAACAUCUUCUAUGAAAGCCUCACAAACGAUUGAUGAACUAUUAUCGCAUAUCAAUGAUAAUCUUCAACAAGCUGGUCUUAAUGAUGAGGUAUUGGCCAUUGCUUCGCCAUCUAAUAAAUCAGAGUUGAGUCCCUUAUCUUCUAAAGCGGCUUUAAACAACUCAAAACUGUUAAAUUCUUCUUCAUCUGCCUCGAAUAUACAAAUUAAUUCCAAUAAAACUCCCACAAUGGCUGCUGGUACAGCCAGUACUAAUACGGUUUUUGAAAAUAAUUCUUCAAUACAUAAAUUUCAUAUUGAUCCAGAAUUGGAAACUGGUAUAUUCGAUGACCAUCAACAACACCAACAGGCGGCCAGAGAUCAAUUGAAUAAUUCUGGUGUUAAUAAAUCAUCCAAUAAGUUUGUGGGUUUAACUGAAUUUGAUGAAGCUAAAAUACCCGAAUUACCAGGUGAUUUAAAUCCAAAUAUUGAAGAACAAUAUAAUGUUACAUUUGAAGAAUGUUUUAUACCCACAUUAACUGCCCAACAAGGCACUAAAGUACCCGAUGAAUUUAUUGUGGAUAAAACUCAUCUUCUUUUACCCACUGAAACAGAUGCGAUUUCAUCUGAAAAUGAAACUUUUGCCGAUUGCAAUGAUGAACGCGAUCCUUUAGCCACCACCUUUGCCGAACAAGGACCAUUGGAUGCAACCACUGAUUUGGAAUCCUAUCAAAGUGCCGUCAAUAAUAGUUUAAAUACUAAUCUUAAUAAUACCAUGGAAAAUAUAGCCGAUAUAACCAUGGAAGCUGAGGGACAACCUUUACAAAAACUUAUACAAAAUCAAGCAUACGAAGAGAUAACACACCAAGAUAUACCACAACAAUUUGAAGCCAUGGAUACAGAUGAACCCAUGGAUGUUGAUAUGAAUGCUACUAUGGAAAUAAUACACAACACCUCAAAUAAUAUACAACAUGUGGAACGGGUUUUGCAACAUGCAGAAAAUAUUCUACAACAUAUCGAGGAGAAAAAACCUUUGGAAGAUUUUAAUAAAGAAAAUGUUGAAGGUUUGUUGGAAAAACAAACGGAAACUUCCAAAAUGACAUUUGUGGUUAAUACACCAGUGGAAAGUAAUGCUGCACAACAUUUAGAAAUGGAACAAUCGAAACAUGAAUUGUCUUUAAAUAAAAGUGUAGAAUUGCCUGUGAAUAAGACGGUCAGUUCUGAAUGUAUAAUUGAAACUGUUAACAAGGAAGUGAGUCAGGAGGAUAAUAAGGAAUUGCAGCCAAAGAAAACUGAGGAUACUGCAAGUAAUCUUAAUAUAACCAUGGAUGCCAUGAACACCAGCACUACUAGCAAUUCAUCGGCCAAAUCAGCUGCAUCUAAACAACUAAAGAAAACUGACACUUCGUUCGAACACAAUUUAACCAUUGAUAACAUGAACAUCAGCUCUACCAGCAAUUCUUCAGUUAAAGCAGCAGCUACAGCUCCCCAGGAGAAUAUCGACUCUUUAAAUAAUCACAAUUUAACCAUAGAUUGCAUGAACACCAGCACCACUAGCAAUUCUUCAACCAAAUCAACUGCUAAGGCUGAUAAUAAACCUGAAACUAAGUUAAAUUUAACUUUGGGCUUAAGUACUUCCCAGAAAAGUGAAAAAUCAGCACCCACCUCUCCUGCUUUUCCCAUUAAACCAGCACAAAAUACUGGUUUUCCCCGUUCACCCAAAGCUCAAAAAGAAAACCCCAAAGAGUCACCCUUUCUGGAAAAAUCUGAUUACUUUUCAAAUCUACAAACUCAAACAACCACAGAAAAAUCUCUUAAUGAUUUAAAUGGUACCUAUAUCGAGUCAUCGGUGGCAACUUCUGUGGCAAAUAAUUUGAAUGGCACAUUUGUGGAGCCUUACGCUGUGGAUACUGCAAUGCCAAAACCUCUGCAUCAAUUGGACACAAAUACUGAUGAAUUGAAACAUAAACGUCAAACUUUUUCCAUUGAAACACUCAGUGAGGAGAAGACGGCUGAAGAAAAACGUCGUACAUUUGCUGUUAGCACGACUGAGAGUACUGCAUCUUCCCAACUUAUGCAGUUUCCUUCUCUGGAUAAACCUGAUAAUCAACGUCGCACUUUUGCUGUUAAUGACACUGUCAUUAUGCCGCAAGAAUCUCUGUCAGUCAGUGAUAAAAAUGAAAUUAAUGCGAGACGUACAUUUAAUGUGCCUUCUACGGAAUUAUCCCCAGAACCGACAGAUCAAACUGCCAUGGAUACCAGUUUUGAACCCAUGGAAGUUGAUUAUAGUGUGUCACAAAAUACCACAAUAUCUAUGACAGUAGAUAAGGAGCAAAGAUCACAGUCACCUCCUUUACCGGCCAUGCAGCAAAGAUCACAGUCACCUCCUUUGCCCAGCAUGCAACAGAGGUCACAAUCUCCUCCUCUGCCAACUCAACAACAAAGAUCACAAUCACCUCCUUUGCCCACCAUGCAGCAAAGGUCACAAUCUCCUCCUCUGCCUACUCAACAGAGAUCACAAUCCCCUUCUUUGCCCACCAUGCAGCAAAGAUCACAAUCUCCUCCUCUGCCUACUCAACAACAGAGAACACAAUCUCCUUGUCUGCCUACUAUGCAGCAAAGAUCACAAUCUCCUCCUCUACCAACCAUGCAUCCAAGAUCCCAAUCUCCUCCUCUACCAACCAUGCAACCGAGAUCCCAAUCUCCUCCCCUACCAACUUUACAACAAAACAAAUCUAAAAUGCCAUCAACCUCACAACUACCCCCAUUACCCACUGAUCCACAAGUCAUGAACAUAAAAGAGGAACAAAUAUCACCACCACCUUUUGAAUCAACUACCACAUCCUUUACUUCACAACCACUCUCCACACUCAUACAAAAAAGACCCUCCAUACGGGAUGCACGAGCUCGUGUUGCUGAUAUACUCUCAGCUAAAGAACAAUCCAACAUUAAAGUUAAAGAUGAAAAAGAUAUUUUCGUAGAGAAAUUUACACCUUCGCCCAUAGAAGAUAUAUUCACUGCUGUCUCAGCCACCUCAACAACUUUAACAAAUUCUUCAGGAUUUUCUGAAUUUGAUCAAACAUCAUCGUUAUCUUCCACUUCUUUAAUGAAUCAAAAUGAACAACUAACCCGAUCACAACAGCAGCAACAGCAACAAUUUCAAGAUGAAUUCAGUGGAAAUAACAAUAAUCUUAUUUUGAAUCCAUCCGAUUUUGAUUAUCUUCUAACAAAAGGCAAUAAUACUACACCAGUGGAUCGUAGUUCAUUGUUAUUGAAAUUUGAUCCAUUGCUCGGUGUACCAGUGCCAGUUAAUCAGGGACAACAGCAACUACAACAAUUACAAAUACCAACUAAUACUAUUAAUCCUUGUUUAAGUCCAACACUUGAAGAAGACGAACAUAACGACAGUAAUCGUUCAUUUGUUAUAGACACUAAAGCAACAGGCGGAUUAGGCGGCUCAUUAGCAACAGGAGGUGGAAUAGCAGCUGCAGGUAUAAUAACCGGUACCAGUGCCAAAUUAUUGAAAGAAAGAUCACAAGAAGUUAAACAGCAAUUGCAGUUGGAACAACAGGUCCAACAAAAUAAACGCCAAUUAACACAAGGAGUAAACAAAAAGAAUGCCACUAUGAGUGUCGAUGUGAUUAAGGAUAUGAGUUUAGAUAACGAUUGUAAUAAAACUUUUGAAAAUUCCAAUUCCACACAAUCGGAUGAUAAACAGAUCAACUAUAAAAUGGAUGAACUUGAAAAGAAAAUCAAAAAUGAAGUUCUUAAAACAGAAGAUAUUGAAAAGAAACUUAAAGAUGCUGAACAAAGGGAGGAGGCUUUAAUCAAACGUAUCACAGAAAAAGACAAAACAAUAGCAAAAAUGACAGGUGUUAUUGAAGCCUAUGAAAAAGCCAUAGCUGAAUUAAUUGCCGAUAAAGAGCAAUUAACACAACACUAUGAAAAACAAUUGGCUGAAGUUAAGGCCGAUCGCGAUUCAAAUUAUCAUCAUUUAACAUCACUGGAAACAACAUUUUCCGAUUUGCAUGUAAAAUAUGAAAAGAGCAAAGAAAUGACCUGCCAAUUAAAAGAAAGCGAAGAAGCUUUACAAGCUGAAAAACGCAAGAAUUUAGAAAACCUACAUUUACAGGAACAACGAUAUGACAAAAUGAAAAAUCAUGCAAUGCAACAAUUGGAAAUCGCCAACAAAAAACUGGAAUCUCUAACACGAGAUCAUUCAAUAGAAAUAACAAAACUGAAAGCCUUACUUAAAAAAGAAGAAAUCGCCCGAUCAUCCAUACAUGAGCAAUUGGCUCAGAAGACUAAAGAAAACGCUGAACUCGUUAAGAUAUGUGAUGAACUCAUCUCGGGGCAAGGAAGUUAAAGAGAAGGAUCCAUUUUUGUUUGAUCCUGCUUUUCUUUAUGAAACCCAAUACAAAAUUGAAUGAUAUUUUUUCUUUUAUUUUUAUUUCUUAUUUUUUUUUUAAAUACUAAUUAUUUAUUUAAUGUUUUCUAAUUUGUAUUUUAGUUACCUAAAUAAGAAUGAUUAAAACAAAAGAAAUAAUGAAAGAAAAGAAAAACCUGCAAAAACACACACUCAAUAAAAAAGCGCACACACAAAAAAAGAAAAUCCUUAAAAAAAACAAACGAAAGAAAACAACCAAAAAAUUCCU